UAUAUAUCAUUGUGAUUCAAUUAAUAAUGCAUACUGAUACAUACAAUUAAUGUGUUAUGCUUACAACCCUGAAUCUGAGAGGUAACUAUCAUCUAUCAACUAAACUUUAGUUGCUAGUUACCUUGCAGAUUCACAUUAGCAAUACUAAAUAUAAUUAACAAAUUAAUACUUAUAUGUUUGACAUAUAAUCAGGCAGUAUAUACAUUUGUCAGAUAAGACCAAUUCCACAACAGUUUGGCCUAUCUGAUACAUUUCCAUCUGAAGUGUAGUAUGCAUACAAUAUCAAUAUUCAAGUAAAAUAAAGUUUAAGCAAACGAACUCAAAAGUGUUCUUGAGUAAAAGCACUUUGUUACUUUCUACUGUUAUGCUUAAUGCAUCGUUUGUGUACAAUCGCAUUUAUUUUUGCAGUGGAAGGGUGGCUCCUGUGCUGGUGCGUGCGUGUGCACGAGGACAUUGACGAGAACACGCACGUUGCUGUCAGUAGGAAAUGCAGGCUGCUGGUGUUGGGCUUACCCCGACCGCUGUGCGUGGAUACAUUAAACAAAGAAAGUCAAUUCUGUUUCAGAAUGAAAACUAUUAUUUAGGAGCUCGCUUGAAUUUGGCGGGAAUCGUCUCCACAACAUGUUUAAAUGAGGCAACCGAAACAAUCAGCUAGCUAACAGAACACUAUCGGCGCUGAUGCUAAUAGGUACAUUCAGCUAACUAAGCUAACUUAGGUUAGCUGGUAACUUAGCCGGCAAAGCUCGCCGUUUUCAAGCACGUCUGCGCGACCAGGUCCUCGCCCCAGUUCAGCGGGUUCCUGUCGUGGUCUUCAUCGUUUUCUCACUCUCGGUACUUCAUUUCACUGAGGAAGAGGUUGCGGAACCGGAGCAGUGGCGGGGGGAGCGUACGGAUAGGAACCCCCCCUCCCACACCACCACCACCACCACCACCCUGGACGUCCAGGCGGACGGAUCACAGUGACACGCCGGUUGUGGUAGAGAUCAGAGUGGAAUCAUGGCCGAACUCGUCACCCUAUCCCAAUCAACCCCUGCGUUGGGUGAACCUCAUGCAGCUCCAUCCAUCCCUCCAUCCUCAUCGGCACACCCUGCUACCAACAGCCCUGCUCCAGAGACGCCCACGCCCAAGUCUUCCCUCUACAAUGAGAACGCUUUGACUGGAGGCACUCCUGCAGCAGAGACAGAGGGCUCAUCCUUUACUCCCCACCCAUCCUUGAGUUCUCCAAAACUCACUGCUGAGACCCCCCUCACAUUAUUGGUACAUGAGGCUGCUCCACCGACGGAGGACUCAGGAGGAAAGGUUGCAGAGACUGGAGCUAAUGUUAUUCAGCAGGAAACAAUGACCUGUGACCCGCCAGCUAUAGAGCCCUUUAUUACUGAAAAAGAAACCCCUGCUCUGUCAAGUGAGCCAUCCGUUCAGAGUGAGGUGCAACAGGCAUCCCCCUUUCCGGAUCUCGAUCCUGGUCCUAAUCUCUACCCCAAUGUGCAUGUCACACACAAUCCAAAUGCUGUCACGGAUGAUGGUCAAUUGACAGCGGGCCACCCUCCAGAACCCCAAAUCGCUGCAACUUCCAAUCCCACGCCUGCUCCUGCAGAAACCCAGGAUAUGGCAGCAUCAGCAACAGCCGAAGAGGAGAAACCUCCGCCACUUCAACAAGCUCAAAACCCUCAAAAUGAGCCUCCUCCAGUCUCCCCGAAGCCUGACACUCCCAGUGAAGCAAUGAAAGCAGAACUGCCCAGCACCCCCACAAGAGCCGAACACCCCAGCCCUGUCCCACUCAUCCAAGAGCCAGCCUCUGGCUUCCCACUGCCCACCCCCAAAUCCCGGCCGGCCCCUGACACCCUCAGCUACCUCGAGUCAGCCAGCCUGAUGUCGGGGACAUUGGAGUCUCUAUCUGGGCUGGGAGAGGACAGCUCCGUGGGCUCAGACUCGGAGGUCAAUGGCAUGUCUGUCAGACGCAUUGAUAAAUAUGGCUUCCUAGGUGGGAAUCAGUACAGUGAAACAGGUGAAAAGGAAGUUCGAGUUGAAGUCGCCAGACAAAGGGAGGUAAAAUGGCUUGAUAUGUUCGGCAACUGGGAUAAAUGGAUCAAACAUCGCUUCCAGAAGGUGAAGUUGCGCUGCAGGAAGGGGAUUCCAUCUUCUCUCAGAGCCAAAGCUUGGCAGCUGCUGUCAAACAGCCAAGAGCUCCUGGAUGCCAACCCGGGAAAAUUUGAGGAGCUGGAGAGAGCGCCUGGAGAAGCUAAAUGGCUGGACAUUAUAGAGAAAGAUCUCCACAGACAGUUUCCCUUCCAUGAGAUGUUUGCUGCUCGUGGUGGCCACGGGCAACAGGACCUGUUCCGGAUCCUGAAGGCCUACACCGUCUACCGGCCUGAAGAGGGCUACUGCCAGGCCCAGGCUCCUGUGGCCGCAGUGCUGCUCAUGCAUAUGCCUGCUGAGCAAGCUUUUUGGUGCCUCGUCCAGAUUUGCGAGAAGUAUCUUCCCGGCUACUACAGCGCCGGACUGGAGGCGAUCCAGCUGGAUGGUGAGAUCUUCUUCUCCCUGCUGCGGCGUACGUGUCCGAUGGCGUACCGUCACCUCAAGAAGUUCAAGAUCGACCCGAUUCUCUACAUGACUGAGUGGUUCAUGUGCAUCUUCUCACGGACCUUGCCAUGGGCCAGUGUCCUGCGUGUGUGGGACAUGUUCUUCUGUGAAGGGGUGAAGAUAGUGUUUCGUGUGGGACUGGUGCUUCUGAAACAGAUCCUCGGCUCUGUGGAUAAACUGCGGGAAGUACAGGGCAUGUAUGAAACCAUGGAGCGCCUCAGGAACAUCUCACCCGACGCGAUCAGAGAGGACAUAUUGGUACAGGAGAUUAUCAUCCUCCCGGUGACGGAGUCGCUCAUCGAGAGGGAGUGCGACGUCCAGGUGAGGAAGUGGCGGGAGUCCAGAGGGGAGCUGACCCACCAGCCGGCCCGCCGCCUCCACGGUACGAGGGCCAUCUUCGACUACAAACGCCGCGCCGCCUCCAUCAGCUCCGGCGGCAGCUUCUCCUUCCUGGGAAGCUCCAUCCCGGCGCCAGGACCCCUCAGGGCCUCCUCCAGCCUCCUCUCGCUCCCUGGCUUCCGCAGGUCCAAGGCUCCCUUCCACUCCCAAACCAAGAAGGGCUCCUUCUCGGGGCCCUCAGGGAUGCAGGGCCUGACUCAUCAGUCAUCGAGCCCGGAUCGAGGCCCCGGUAGUAAACCACCUAUUCCUCCAGGGGCCGUUCAGAGGGCACCGGUAGCCCUCAUUCGGAGCCCCUUAGUUCGAGGUGCGUCUGGCUCAUCGUGUGGCCCUGCUCAGGCCUCAGGAGACGCACAGGGCCGGCCUGCUGCUUCGGCCCCAACACAAAGCGCAGCAGCAGCACCACCACCACCCUCCACUCUAGCCCCCUCCCCGAAGAUCGUCUCUGAGCAAAUCACGCCCACCAUCCCCUCCCCGACGGCGCACAACUCCCCUUUUCCGCCAAUUGCAGAUUCAAAAAAAGAAGCGCCGGCCGCCGUCGCAACUGGAGAGGAAGAGGUGAAGAAGAAGAAGAAGAAGAGCAAAGACGUCAAGAAGAAGGAAAGGGAAGACGAGAAGAACAAAAUGAAGGAAAAGAAAGACAAGGACAAGGCAGAAAAGGAGAGGCUCAGGAAGGAUAAAGAGAGGCUCGAGAAAGAGAAGAAGAAAGGGGGGAAGAAAAGGGACAAAGGGGGAGGAGACGCCGAGGACAAGAAUGGAGCUGCAGCAGCAAGAGAUUCGGCCUAGUCCCCCCCCCCCCCCCACUCGUCAUUCCAGGACAAUGAGAAGGGACGCUGGACAUAGGAAGAGGUCAGGGGAACACGCAGAGAGUGAUUAAUAGAAGUAAAAAGGGGAGUGGCUUCCUAACGCAUCAUUUCAAGAACCUAACGUAAUCCCAGGACUAUGGUGGAGAAAACUGGAUCAUAGUUUAAAAAGCACCCCGAGGGGUUUUUUGGCCCCUCGCGUCAUGCUUUCUUUUUCACCAAGUUUUAGUCAGAUGGGAGACAUUUUCCUUUAUUUCAACUGGAGCAGAGGCUGUAAAUUACAGAUUACAGUCUUUAUUUCUAUUAGUUUUUUUGUUGUUGUUGAAAUUAUUAGUUCGUUUUUAUUAUUUUAAUGCUUGGCAGUGUUUAGAGAAACACUGACUCAGAAGAUUGAACUGAAGGUUGUGCAGAACUAGUUCUGGUGCCAUAGAGUUUGUAAAUAUGAAGUCUAACUCCAGCACAUAGGAUCCCGUCAGCGCUCCACACGCCCAGCGCUUCUCCUCCGUGGACUUGCUAUCUGGAUGCCUGCGACGAAAAGAAAAGAAAACCAUUUGAAGUCGUCUCAAACACGGGUACUGAAGGCAGACAUGCUCGUCGUGUUGUUGAGGAUGUAUUUAUUGUCAUGUUAAAUGUUGUGUGCGUUAGUAGUGUAGUGAAAUGUGUUCCUGUUCUGUGUGGCCUCCCUGUUUUCAGUCUCCCUCUGGCUGCUUUGUUUCUGCUUUCUAUCCCCGAGUGGUUUCCCCCAAAUUCUUCUCGCAGUGGAAUAAAUCUAAAGGGGGAAAUGGAGCGAUGUACACGGACGUACCGAGGGAGAACAUUAAGAAUACAACCAGGCACCAUGAAGUGUACGGGUGUUUUGUUGUUGUUGUCUUUGACAAAAGAAAACACAGGGAGAAUUUUCUUGUUUUUAUUUAAAUUUGUGUGUCAGGUUGAUUUUUUGGGGUUUUGUUGUUGUUGCAUAAAAUGCAGGUGCAACAUAAUUGAUGAAGCUGGUUGCGUGAAAAAAACUUGCAAUCCCCAGCACCAGCAGGGUCUGCGCACGAGUCCUGCAGACCAAAUCUGUAAAAAUGAAUAUUAUUUUGCUUUUGACGAACAAACUCCCACGUAUGUCAUUUUUCCCCCCGCCAAAUUUCGGCAUGGGUAAGAACUCGUGUUCAUUAACCGAUUAGAAUGUGAUUUCAAGUGUCUAAUCGAGAAUGAAGGAAGAUUUUUGCACUUGUGAUUUGGUCACAAAGUCCUACUGAGUGAUCCGCCUCGAGGACCCGUAGGAAGCCACUGGACCGGAGGUGCCAGACGUGCCAAUGUAGCAUUAACCUCUGAUCUUUGACCUUCGGGCUCUGGUGUAUUUAUGUACAAAGUGGUUAAUUUAAUCAAAUAUAGUAUAUUAUGAAUUAUUAUUAUUAUUAUUUUGCAUCCGACUAUUUUUCUAUGUGAGUAAGAGACGCCUGGUUGACUGGAACGACGGCCGGCUACACCCACUGCAGUCGCAGGGGGAUCAUCUUAAGUGUUUAUUUUCCAUUGGUUUUAUUUCCACGCCAAGUCCUCUGCUUCCACGCGACAAACUCGAUGCAUGUCUCUGCUUUUAUUGAACUGUACCGUCACUGUGGGUGAGGUCAACGUAAGGGUCACGAGGCUCCGGGGAACUGCAGGGCAGUAUUAGACAGGCGUGGGUAGAAAGACGGGCCUCCGACGGAACAAACGGCGAGACAGACCGAAUCUGUGGUAGUUGACGGUCUUAAUCGUACUGUGUAAUAUACUAAGAAGUGAUUUAUGAGUUUUGAAUUGUUCUUUAAUUGGAAAUCUUGAGUGUCUGUCUCACCAAGUUGUGUCGUAACAUUCAAGGUGACUUCUGGAUUAACUCCCUAACUAUUUACACUCGGUGUUCUGUACUGUAACAUAUUUAUGCACACAUUAAACUGCACUGAACCCCAUCAGUAUACGAUGAAGAGUGCCGGUGAGUUAGUGUAAACACAUUUGAUGGCAAAAAAACAAAACAAAAACUAUGACGCUCUUUAACUUGUACUGUUUUCAUAGUUUCAGGAUAAGGUGGACUUUCGUGUAAUUGUGGCCAACAUGUGUCCUGCAUUCGCAUCGUUGCUUCACUCAUUUGCGGUCGUUACGCGGCCGUCAGUUAGAUAUACGAACGCCACGCCCCCCCCCCCCCCCCGCCUUUCUUUUGACGCCGGGGCAUUCAUAGGCACGGAUUAAUGUAGUGUCGGUGAGCAUAACCUGAACAAAUCUAUGCAAACCCGCCUCCUGACCUCUUAUUUCAAGAGGGCUCGAGACGCCUCGACGAUCAAAAAACUAAUAACCUCGCUGUAGCUUGUGGAAUCCAGCAAUACAUUUCGAUCGGGCCCUUUGUGCAUUUCUGCGUCGGCCCUGAACCCGUCGUUCUCGAUCGCAGCUGAUGGAGAACGACUUCCCGCGAAGGCAAAACGUUUUUCCGCCGUGUGUUUAGUUUUCUCCCCACGCCGUUACAUCUUACGUGUUUCUUAUGUUUACAUUGUCACUCUGGCAAAAGUGAAAUCAAAUCAUAUAGCUAAUUGAAUUCAUUUCUUCAGAUCUACAACUGAUGUAUUUAAUUGAUGAUGCUGAUAAUGACAUUUGUGAUGAGUAAUAAACCAUAAUAUAUUAAAUCA